ACCCGGCAGAUUUGAAAAUAUGGCCAAAAGAAUUGCUGAGAAGGAAUUGACAGAUAGGAAUUGGGAUCAAGAAGAUGAAGCAGAAGAGGUGGGAACAUUCUCAGUGGCCAGUGAGGAAGUCUUGAAGAAUAGAGCCAUAAAGAAAGCAAAGCGUAGAAAUGUUGGAUUUGAAUCUGAUAGUGGAGGGGCCUUUAAAGGUGUUAAAGGUUUGAUUGUACCUUCUGGAGGAGGAGGUGGAUUUGGUAACGGCGCUGGAGGAAAGCCUUUGGAAGGACUGUCUAAUGGAAGCAGCAUAACUAGCGCCUCUCCCUUCUCCAGUGCAAGGACAGCCUACUUUUUUUUUGGUGGGGGGAAACACAAAUGCUCCUAA